AGCAUAGUUUUUGAAAUUUGCAACUCAAAGUCUUCUUGACAAGAAAACCGACUCUUGAGAAAUUUGAUUGAGCAUUAUGGCAGAGAGUGUUGUAGGCUUUUUGAUUAACCAGCUCUCAACCUUACUUGCCCAAGAGACCACACUUUUGGGGCGGCUUAAACCAGAUGUUCAAUUUAUCAAAGAUGAACUCAGCAGUAUGAAAGCUUUCCUCAGAGAAGCUGAAGCAAAGGAAGACAAUGAUUCUCAACUCCAAGAAUGGGUAAAGCAGGUUCGAGAAGUUGCUUAUGAUACAGAGGACGUUCUCGAUGAUUUUACAUUCCGCUUUGAUCAUGGUUGUGCGGACGGAUUCUGUGGCCAGGUUGAAAAGAUCUAUAACUCAAUAAAGAAUCUGAAAGCAAGCCAUCGAAUUUCUUUGGAGAUAAAAGAGAUCAAGGCCAGAGUUGGAGAGAUUUCAGCAAGGCAUCAGAGGUACCAGUCCCUGUAUGGUACUCAAGAAAGAGCCUUCAGCACUUCUCGUCAGGCGAAUGCAGAUUUUGACAUUCGUGCUCAGUCACUCUUCAUUGAAGAAGCUCAACUUGUUGGGAUUGACAAGCCAAAAGCAGAUCUCAUCUCAAAAAUCCUUGAUGAUCAUUCCCAAUUGAAAGUAGUUUCGGUUGUGGGAAUGGGAGGGCUAGGGAAGACUACCCUAGUGAAAAAAGUCUAUGAUGACACUGCAGUGAAGAAACAAUUUCAAAGCCAUGCCUGGAUAACUGUUUCUCAAAAUUUUCAGUUCAAUAUCAUCAUCAAGGACCUGAUCCAACAAUUGUACAACGAAAUCAAACAACCAAUCCCUCCCCAAGUGGAAUCCAUGAAUGUUAUUAUGCUGAGUGAAUUUGUCAAAGACUUCCUCCGAGAAAGAAGGUACAUCCUUGUCCUUGAUGAUAUGUGGAGUAUAGAUGCUUGGGAAGCUAUCAAAUGUGUAUUGCCUGACUACAAUACUGCUAGUAGUGUUGUAUUGACAACACGAAUAGCUGAUGUAGCUUCUGCAUCUUGUUUAGGAUCACUUGACUUCGUCUAUAAGAUGAAGCCUCUUUCUGAUAAAGAGUCUUGGACUCUUUUUUGCAAUAGAACAUUUCAGAGCAAUGACUGUCCUCCAAAUCUAGAAGAAGUUUCUAAAAAAAUAAUGAAAAAAUGUGAGGGCUUACCUCUUGCAAUUGUUGCAAUGGGUGGUCUUUUGGCUUUGAAGGAUAAGGGAAAGACAGAUGAAUGGGAGAUAAUUCUUCGUGGCUUUGGUAGCGAAGCAGAUGGUAGUGGUAAGUUUGACAAAAUUAGAAAGGUACUCUUCCUUAGCUACAAUGAUUUACCUCACAAUCUCAAAAGCUGCCUAUUAUAUCUAAGCAUCUAUCCAGAAAAUUAUUCAAUUAUUGUGGAUGAUAUACUUGUGAAAUGGAUAGCACUAGGAUUUGUAGAAAGGAAAGAAGGAAUGGCAUCCACUGAUAUCGCUAUGAAAUAUCUGAAAGAACUUAUCAAUAGAAGCUUAAUCCAAGCUCAACAGAUACGGGAAGAUGGCAAAUUGCAGAGAUGUGGUGUUCAUGAUUUUCUGCGUGAAGUCAUUAUCUCAAAAUCUAAAGAACAAAGCUUCACAACCAUAGCCACUGGAUAUUACACAAGAUGGCCUGACAAAGUUCGACACCUAGCAAUCCACAAAUUCACUGAUAAUCCACAAGACUUUGGCAGCUUGAAGUGUCUUCGGUUUGUGGAAAUAUUUGGGUAUGAAGAUCCUCUCACAACUUCAUUUUUAUCCAAGUUUUUACGUGGUGGCCCUAUGCUGCUAAAGGUGUUGGAUUUAGAUGGAGCUGAAUUGGACAACAUCCCAAAGGAAGUCUUCAAACUAUUUCAACUCAAGUGUCUUGGUCUUUGUAGAACCAAAAUUAAAAUUAUUCCAAAGUCUAUUAGGAAGCUUAAAAACCUUGAAGUUUUAGCUCUGAUGGAAACCAGCAUAAAAGAGUUGCCUGUGGAGAUUGUAAAGCUAAGAAAACUACGUUCGCUUUCCUUAGGCGGAAGUGGUGAUUAUUCAAAUAACUUUGCAGCCUGGGGUGGUAAAUCUCCAGAUGGAAUUGGAAAGCUUCUUUCCUUGGAGGAUUUGAAUAUCAUAGAAGCAGACAGUGAUAAAACAGUAAGGGAGAUUGGCAAGCUCAUGCAGCUACGGCGAUUAUCCAUCACAAAGUUGAGGGGAAAAGAUGGAAAGGAGUUGCUCUCCUCCCUUCUGAGGCUGACCAACCUUCAAGAAUUGUGCAUCUCUUGCUUUAAAGAAGAUGAGACCCUUGAUUUCCAACAUUCUAUCUCUCCGAAACUUGGAUUCCUUACAUUACUAUGGUUGAAUGGGCGUUUGGAGAGAGUACCACAAUGGGUGAUAUCACUUCAAUCCUUGAGCAUCUUACGCUUGUACAAUAGUGGGUUCAGAGAAGAUGAGAAUGCAAUAGGCUCCCUUGGAUGUUUGCCUAGUCUAGUAAUACUUGGUCUCAUUUUUGCUUAUGAUGGGGAGACACUGUGUUUCAAGAAUGGAGGAUUCCGAAAACUCCAGACUUUAGAGCUUAUGCAAUUCAAAAGAUUAAAAUGGAUGAGAGUGGAAGAGGAAUCAUUGCCUAGUCUCAAAAAAUUGAACUUGGUUGGUUGUAAGCUGAUGCAGGAGUUGCCUUCGGGCAUCCAAAAUUUGACCACACUUCAAUGUCUUGGAUUUUAUGAUAUGUCCGAUGAGCUAAUGCAGAGAGUACAGAAUUUGGAUAAACAAAGUGAAGAUUAUCAGACAAUUGCUCAUAUCCCUGAAGUUUGCACUGGUUACUGGAUUGAUGGUCGAUGGGAAAAAAAGUUCCUCUAAGAGAAGAGAAGCUAGAAACCAACUCUUGCACUUUUCAACAUUCAUUGAUAUCCAAUUCAGUCAUCUCUUCUAUCGGCCUUAGGUAGCAUACUAGCUUUUCCUACUAUUUCAUUGAGUUCUCGUUUACCUUUUUCCUUCUACAACUUGUUAUAUUUGUAUCAAAUCAUAUCAUGAAAUUUCAAUAAUCAACCUCAA